CGAAAAUGGCGAAGCUGGUCAAGCGUUCAUAUACUACUGUCAUGAGCAUCUACAGAAUGAUGUAAGAGGAUACUGAAAUUACUACUAGGUAUGAAAUGGUUGAGUGUCGAUGACUGAUCACAGAACGUGGAGUUUGGAGGCUAAUCUGCUCUGUCAAGUAGGACAGAUGGUUAUUUCUAGAAUCUUUUGUCACAUCUUUCACCAGUGGCAGUAAUUUGUUACUGUGAAAUAUUCCAGAGUUCACAUUGAUCUGCAGUACUCCUAGAACUGCUUGGGUAAAUUAUUUCAAAGAUCAGAGGAAGGCAUGCCCAUACUGUCUGACUGGGCCAUGCUUAGUAUGUGGCAUACAAAACCUACCACAGGACUGAGAUGAAGACAGUUUUACCAAUUAGUUAGGAAAAUUGCAGUUGUGGACUUUCAUUUGUUUCCCUUUCUUAGUUCUGUGUGCAGUUGUGGUUGGUUGUCUAUGGGGGUUUAAGUUAAAGAGACCACUCUUCAAAUUAUGCCGAUUGUGAGGAAUUUUUCAAAAUUUAAAGUAGACAUAUCGGCAGAGGUGUCGUCCUGGGCACGACGUUAAACUGCCCCCCAACCCAAGGUGUGGUGCGACCCGUGCCGAGGGGUGCGUGGCACAGGGGAGCUGUGCCUCGAACGGGGCCUCUGGGAUACCGGGCGCCCUCCCAGAGUAUCCAGCCUAGCCCGGGCACGCGGGGCUCUGCCCGGGUGGUCCACACUUUCCUCAGCGUCUCGUGGGAUCAUAGAGAAAAAAUCUGAAAUUAGCUCCGAGCGAGCAGAUGCCGAGAAUUCUGGGGGACCUCUCUGUGAGGUGACCCGGGAGUCAGAACAGACAGAACGCGAACUUGGUGCGAGGGGACCUCUAGGUGAGGUGACCCCGGGCCUCGUAGAUGAUAAAGGCUCAGUUGCAGAGGGAGAUAGUUCUAAACUCGCAACAGGAGGAACUUCAGCUGCCGUACUUGGUGCUGGGGAAACUGAUACUUCCAAAAACAGCUCUGAAAGAGCAGUCGGGGAAAAGGGUGACAGUGCUGCAGAGGAGGAGAGCUCGAACCUCGCAGAUAAAAUUGUCCCCCUCACAAAUAAACGGAAACUGGAGGAAGUAGUCCACAACACUGAAAAAAUAAAUGAGGGUGUUAAAAAAUUAAAAACUAAUGCCGACAAAGAGUUUGACGAAAACGGAAUGUGUUUGUCGGGUCGAGAAGUGGAAGCGAAGGAGGAAAUGUUUCGCUCGAUGAGGCUGGCUGUUGUACUGGAGGGUUUUCCAGAUAAUAAGAUGACGGAGAAACAGGCUGAGGUGGUGGAGGCUGCCCUUGUGGAGAGCAUCAACCCAUCCGACCAGGAGGAACCUAUCCAGUUUUCUGCGACACAGUAUGAGAAUGGGGCCUUGGUGUUCACUUGUGUCAACAAAGAGACAAAAUCGUGGCUGCAAAAGAAGGUGAACAAACUUGUUCCGUGGCCAGGGGCCAGGCUGGCUGUCGGACAGGCAGAAACCACAUUGACGGGUACCAGGUACGUACUGUGGGUGAUGAAGGAGAUGGUGAAGAAAAGCAGCCAGCAGAUUCUGGAUUUGUUUCAGAAGCAAAAUAAAGACAUCUCCACCACAGAGUGGAAAGUACUCAGGAGAGUGCGAGAGUCAGACAUAAAGGCAACAAGGCUGGCUGUUUGGGUAGACGACAAAUCUUCUGACCAUCUGAAGAAACAGAAUUAUAAAUUAUUCCUCGGCUUUGGUAAAACUAAAUUUGUGCCGAUGUCAGAAUGGAAGGAGCAGCAGAGUGGAGCGUCUGAUACAAAUUCUCGUCCUCGUGUUUCUAGAUUUGAAAGUCGGGUAUGGCCACAGCGUAAUGAGUUCGGAUUUGCUGGUGUCAAACCUCCUCACUUUCGUGAAACGCAGUUUACGGCUUCAGGUAGACUCUCGCCACAAGAGCAUACAACACUGCAGAAUCGCAAGUCUAGAUUCCCGGUUUCAGAACGGCCUCGUGAGCGUGGGUUCGCCGUGCCAGAACAGUCACCUUUGCGAGAAGCCAGUUACAUCACGUCAAACAGCUACUUUGCUUCAGAACGUCGGCAGCCUCGUGAGACAGGUUAUGGAGUCGCAGAUCCUCCCCAGCUCCUUCUGAUGAGGCUUAUUGUUCCAGAUGAGCUGUUGCCUCAAGAAACAAAGUAUGCAGCUUUGGAUGAAGCACCAUCUCACGAUUCCACGUACGUGAUUCCAGACAAAGGUCAAUCAGAUAACCCGCGGUUCAGAGGCUCGUAUCAACCACUGUCCCACGACUCCAGAUUUAGAGACCUGAAUGAGUCGCCUUUCCGGGAAUCCAGGUUUAGAGGGUCAGAUCAGAUGCAAUCCAGAGAAGAUAGAUAUGUGGAACGAGAUCCUCUGAACUCUGGUGAACGUAGAUCAAGAAUGUCAGAUUCCCAACAGUACAGAGAAUUUGAAAACACAUUUUCUCGUGUCCCACGUAUCCAGGGAGGCAGAAUUUCAGGUUCAGAUUUUCCUCCCCCGCGGUCAAGGUCAUCUUAUGCGAACUCUGCCAAUUCUUAUUACUCGAGGCGCUCAGGUUCUCACAGGAUCAACUGGUAGAUAAUCCCCAUCUGUAGUAGCUCUUGAUUGGUAUUUGUACACAGUCUCUCUUGUUUGUAGCAUCUAACAUUCCAAAUUCUUGAGACAGUUGUUGAAUAAUAUUGAAAUAAUUUUAUUAUUAAGUUGCUGUGCACUGUCUCGUGCUGGACUUGCUCUUAAAUUUUUGUGAGCUCAUGAAUUUUGUCUAUGCUUUGAAAUAUUCUAUGAGAAUACUGUCGCUCAUUUUGGAAAUUUUUUGUUUAAAUUGUUACACUUGAGUGCCUGGCGAUGAGUACUUAGGAACAGGCCUGUCCAUUUGCUCUUAAUUGCAAGUCAUUAAACAGGUUAAUAACAUGUUUUGAUCAUAUUCAUCAGGAAAAUUUGCUUCUGUAACUGUUUUUACUAGUUUGUGUAGUGUAAUGAAAGAAGUAAGUUUAAGCAAGUAUGUCACAUUUUGUCCACAUAGUGCCAUGUGUAAACAUAGUCAUUAUCCACAGUGCCAGCAUUUAAUAUUGUCUUCAAUGUUCAGAGAAUAUUGUAAAGCAAGUAGCUUAAAUUUUCAUACUGUGUUAGUUGUAUUUUUUGUAUGUAUUUUCAUUAUUUAAACAUUUUUCCGAUUCAAAAUACUUAAUUUUCAAUUUUUAUGCAGAAUAAAAUUAUAAUUUUUGAAUGAAUAGCAAAGGUGAAAUAAAAAAGUGUAUUACUGUGUGUUCUAUUGUAAAUGUGAAAUGCUGUUUGAGGUACUAGAAAGGACUGGUGAAUUGUUGAAGUAAAGGAACAGUAAAGCUGAAGCAUGCAUCCACUUA